AUGUUCUUCAGAACUGCCUUGAUCGGUGGACUACUUGCUGCCGGACACGCAACCGCCAUCAAGCUUCGGGAUGUCAACACUCUUCUUCAACGGAACAAAGAUGUGGAAAGGGGCCUGCUGGGAGACGCCGAGCGCAUCGCAAGUCUUACCCGACGACAAGACCCGAGUCCAGCCGACACCGCGCCUUUGUCAUCGAUAUCGCCAGCAUCUGGAGACGCAUCCGGCGCGGAUCUAGCGAGAUGGGAGGAGGAGACGAAGAAAGCAUGCAUGGAUACGCUCAGCAAUCUCAAUGGACAAGCAUCGAAUCCAAGUGGCAUUGUCGUCUGCUACAACCUUCCGUUCCUCGACAACUCAACAGGUGUCUUCCAGGCUGAGCUACGCAUGUACAAUGUGUCUGCUCCCAUCGAUCCUUGGCUUGGUGUCACCGCUGCCGAUGUCAGCAUGACACUUUCCUACCUCGGCGCCACCGUGCAAAACAUGGCCGGUAACUUCUCGAAACGCGACAUUGGCUACCCACCGGUGCGAAGGGAAGUCAGUGAUGGAUUGUUGGUCGAGAGGCAGAACAUCAACACCAUGACGGAAUUGAAGGUGCUUAUGUAUGUUGGCCGGGUCAACAGCAACUUGAUGGGUUCCGCGAUGAACGUGGAGUCCCUCAAGCCGCUCCUAAUUCCCCAAAUCGAUCUCGCAGCGCGUAACCCCGUCACUGGCCGAGACGUCGAGACGACCCUUUCAUCUGGAGACGCAUCUUUUGUUAACGGUGUAUUCUCAACCUCAGCCAACGGCCCAACCAAUGUCGACCCCAACGCAGCCGCGGCCGCCUCGUCAGCCGUCCAGUCCGCUGCGCCCUUCGUCGUACCAGGACAGUCCAUUGAAAUCUCUCCCAUUGGUGUAACAAUCACCACCAUCUGGGCUGGUCUAUUUUUCCUCGUAGUUGGCGGAGGAACAUACGGCCGCAUCCAAUUCCGUGAGCAGUACCGAAGACGUGUAAGGACAGAGGCGGCCCGUGGUGUGCGCACCAUCUAA